ACAGUCAGUCAUUUGGUUGCUGUUGAUCUGAUGAGCUUCAACACGAUAUAUUUGAUGCUGAUGUUGGUCAGAAUGGCUCCUGCUCUUCCUCUGAUCUUUCUGCUCAUGAUUCACAGGGUUUCUAGUGCUGGUUGGGGUGUGAGUUACAGUCCUUCACACAUCUGUGCUCUAAAGGACUCAUCAGUGAUAAUGAACUGCACUUAUACAUACCCUACUGGACAUCAGAUCAUGAGAGUGUUCUGGACCAAAGGUGAGGAUGGAGAGUAUCAAGAUCUCUCUGAGGACCCUGAAUACAGUCAGAGGCUUCAGUAUCUGGGAGAUAAACAGCAGAACUGCACCAUCAGACUGAGUCAUGUGACACUGAACGAUUCACACAUGUACUAUUUCAGAUUCAUCACUGAUAAAGAUGAUGGUAAAUGGACUGGUGAUCCAGGAGUGUCUCUUACUGUCACAGAUCUUCAGGUGGAGUCUCCUGAGAGAGUGACAGAGGGAGAUUCAGUCCGUCUGACAUGUAAAAGCAGCUGCACUCUGACUGACAGAGCAACAUUCAUCUGGUACAGAAACUCACAGCCAUUAACUGAGAGAAGAGACAGAAACAAUGAACUCCUGCUGCAGUCAGUCAGAAGAGAGGAUGCAGGCAGAUAUAGCUGUGCUGUACACGGACACAAUCACAUCUCUCCUGCUGUUCAGCUCAAUGUCAUGUGUGAGUACAGAUUCAGUUUUCUCUUUAAAGUUGUUUUUGAAAAGCAAGCAGAGUUUGACACUACAUAUCUCUGAUAAAUGAUCAGUAGG